GGAGGCAGACGGCUCUGCGGCGGCUGCUCGGCGGACAUGGAGCCGGCGUACAGCGGCCUGGGCCGCUGCGUGGCCUGCUUCUGGCUGGCGGUGGUCUUCGACGUGGUGGGCCUGGCCGUGCUGCUCGUGGGGGUCUUCGCCAACGUCUUCUUCUACGACCUGCUCAUCUACGCGGGCGCCAUCGUCAUCUUCCUCAGCCUGAUCUGGUGGGUCUUCUGGUACUCCGGGAACAUCGAGGUGCCGCCGGCGGAGCUGGAGGACGACGUGGGCCUGCUGAAGAAGGGCAGAGGCAGCGGGCUGGGGGGCUUCGCCGGCGUCGUCCGGCGGUUCUCCGGCCGCGUGUCCGGCAGCAUCCGGAGCUCCUUCCGCAGGAACGGGGGUCCGGGCGCGGGCCCGGCGCGGAGGUCGGCGGCGGGGUCCCGGGGGGCUACCGCGGUUCCCAUGGCAACCAUGGCCCCGCACGCGGCGGGCUGUGACGUUGAGAUGCCGCACACAGCGAGCGAGACGCCACCGACGUAACGAGGACGCACAGAGACUCUGAGCUGGACCCGGACCCGGACUCGGACCGCCGAGUCCCCCAGCGGGUCCAGGCGGUCUGCAGACUCUGACGUCUCCUGGAGUCUCUGGAGUCCAG